GCGAUGGGAAGUUCGUUUACAGCUCUGCAAGCCUCAGCUGUUCACAGUCGAGGCAUCUUCUGCUUUGGGCAGUUUUGUCCUCACCUGCUCUCCGUAUGUUAAUCGUCCCCGUCUCCACUAAUUUAGCGCAGCGCACAUAGGAACCGAGACUGCCCAAAGAAGGAGACCCUCCCGGCUUUACCCAGAAAUGUAUGAAGACAUUCAGCCUGAGUCUGAGGAAAACUGAUUGCUAAGAGUGCUGAUUUGAAGUCCAUCGUGGUAGUUCAAGUAGAAAGAUGCUGGCUCUGAGUAAGAUGACCGUUCCCUUGAAUCCCCCAAACUUGGAUGUUCAAGAACAAAACAGAGCCCUGAAAGUACAUACCACCAUAGGAAGAGAGAAAAAAUUUAAUUCAGAGGCUUCUCGCCAGAACUUCAGAUGUUUUCCAUACCCGGAGAAGGCUGGACCCCGUGAAGCUGUGAACCAGCUCUGGGAACUCUGCCUUCAGUGGCUGAGGCCAGAGCUUCAUUCCAAGGAACAGAUCCUGGAGCUGCUGGUGCUAGAGCAAUUCCUGACCAUCUUGCCUAGUGAGAUCCGGAUUUGGGUAAAGUCACAAUGUCCAGAGAAUAUUGAGGAAGUGGUCUGCUUGGUGGAAGAUUUGACCCAAACCCUUGAGGAGGAAGUUUCAUGUUCCUCUGAUUCUUCUCUUCUUCAAGAAGAAAGCACAGAAAAGGAAGAAAUGUUCCCAGUAACCAAAUUUCUGGAAUCAGUGACUUUCAAGGAUGUGGCUCCUGACUUCACUUGGGAAGAGUGGAAGCAACUGGAACCUGUUCAGCAGGACCUCUGCAGAGAUGUGUUGUUGGAGAACUAUAGGAACUUAGUUUUUCUUGGGCUUUCAACUUCCAAAUCAAAAGUGACCUCCCAGAUAGAACAUAUGGAAGUGCCAUGGAUGCUGGAGAGUGAGGCUCCAAGAGACAUCAGUCUAUGUUUCCAAAACUCUGUGGAACAAGUAGUAAAAAAACUUACAUUCUUUAUUGUAUUGGGAAUGUACCAUGAAACUGAUUUUUUUACAAGACUUGUAUUCAAAUCCCAACUCCAUUCCUUAAAAGCUGUAAAAAAACAACUUUUCCCCCCCCGUCCAGAUUGGGACCCUAGACCUUCUGAAGCUAAGGAGUUAUUUCCAAAGUGGAAAACUUCUGUAGAAGAUUCCUCUCAGGAGACCACAAUAAAAGGGCAUAAUUCCUGGAGCUUUGAACUAGUAGAAGCCUUUAAAUGUUGUGACAUGUUGUUGUGGCAGCAAGGCCAACAGGGAAAUCAUUUGAAGCUAGGAACAGUCACUCAUGAGGAAAAUCCACAUAAGGUUAGAGGUUUCAAAAACAGUGAAUUUGGAAGAAGCUUUAAUCUGAGCUCAAUGCUAAUUACACAACAGAAAAUUCCUUUAGUAAAUAAUUUCUCUAAAUAUGAUAUACAUGAUAAGAGAUUCAAAGAUAAUUCAGAGCUAUCUGAAUGCCCAAAAAUUUAUGCGGAAGAGGAAUCUUCAAAGUAUAAAGGAUUUGGGAGAGUUUUCGGUCAGGAUUUACAACUUAAUCUCCAUCGUAUCCAUCAUUCUGGAGAAAAAUCCUAUAAAUGUAAUGAAUGUGGGAAAGCCUUCACCAAAUGGGCAAACCUUACUAGACAUCAAAGAAUUCAUUCUGGAGAAAAACCCUUUAAGUGCAAUGAAUGUGGAAAAGCCUUUACUCAGAGGGCACAACUUACUCAACAUCAACUUACUCAUAGUGGAGAGAAACCAUUUAAGUGUUAUGAAUGUGGAAAAGCCUUUACCCAGAGGGCCCAUGUAACUCAACAUCAGCUUACCCAUAGUGGAGAAAGACCUUAUAAAUGUAAUGAAUGUGGAAAAGCCUUCACCAAUCGAGGAAUACUUACUGAUCAUCAAAGAAUUCAUUCUGGAGAGAAACCCUAUAAAUGCAGUGAAUGUGGGAAGGCUUUUACCAAGAGGGGAAUACUUACUCAACAUCAGAGGAUUCAUUCUGGAGAAAAACCCUAUAAAUGUAAAGAAUGUGGGAAAGGCUUCAACCGGAGUACACACCUUAGUCUACAUCAACACACUCAUAAUCAAGAGAAACCAUUUAAGUGUAAUGAAUGUGGGAAAGCUUACAGCCAGAUUUCGCAGCUAAAUACUCAUCAAAAAGUUCAUUCUGCAGAGAAACCUUAUAAAUGUAAUGAAUGUGGGAAAGCCUACUGUCAGAUAUCACAGUUUAAAAUUCAUCAAAGAAUUCAUUCUGGAGAAAAACCCUAUAAAUGUAAUGAAUGUGGAAAAGGUUUUAGCCGGAAGACACACCUUACACGACAUCAGAGGAUUCAUACUGGACAGAAAAACCUGACUAUAGUAGGGACUUAAUGAAUGUUUGUUGAAUUGAAUUGAAGUGUUUGGUUGAAUUUUAAAUAGGCUAUGUCUAAUAAUAUUGCAAUAAUUUAAAAGACUAGCUACCCUUUAGAGAAGAAUAUAUUAGUCUUGCAUGCUUGGUGAAGUUAUGCUGAACUUUUCAUCAUCUCUACUUCCCUAUUCUUUGUUUUUAUUAAUUUGAGAAACAUACUUUUUCAAAUACAAAGAAAAAAAGAUUGUACAAUACUGCAAAUCAAGUGUAUAUUAAAUUAAACAUUGUUUAACAUAACCCUGUGUGUCAUGUGUUCUUUUCUGAACUUUCUUUUAUGCAUGUUUUUCUGACAUUUUCUUGAUAUGCUUCUCUCUGUCUUUCUCGUUAUUUCUCUCCUCGCAUCAUCACUUCCACAUGCUUUAACUCACCCAUCCUAAAUAAAAGUUUUCCCUUAUAAAAGUAAAAAGAAGUAAAAUAAAUCCACAUUUUGUUGUUUAUAUUUGUUUGUUGUUUAUAUUUCAAAAUGUUUGUCUUACUUGGUAUCUCUAUUUAUCACUUUGUUGCCAAGGUGACAUUUCACUCAACUCUUCAUAUCUUCCCAGGUUUCUCUGAAUCUUUACCUUUUGUUAAUUAUGACAUCUCAAUAAUGUUGUUACAUUCCAUAUGCAUUUUUCAGUUCCUUAAUUUCCUGACCUAUAGUAAAGAGUGUUGCCGUAAAUAUUUUUAUGUAUAAGUCAUUUCCAAUGUUGAUCUCUUUGGGGUAUGUGUGUAGUAGAGGUGUUAUUGAUCAAAAUGUAAUGACUUCUCAGGCAAAGCUCCAAAUUGCUUUCUAAGUCAAACUAAUUCCCAGCUCCACCAAGAGUAGAUUAAAGUGCCUCUUUUCCUUUAGCUCCUUUUACAAUUGUCGUUUCUUUUUUUGAUCAUCUUUGCCAAAUUAGUGGCUCUAAAGUAGAACCUCAAAGUUGUUUUAAUUUUCAUUUUUCUUGUUAUAUUUACUAGUUUAGAUUUAAUUUUUUUUAUAUUGUGAUUGAUAGCCUUUUUUUUUUUUUUUGAGAACCACCUGUUCUUAGGUUGCUCAUUUUUUUUUUUUUGAGAAUGACUCUUGUUCUUAUAUAUUUAUUACAAUUUCUUAUAUCUAUGUAAUAGCAUAUCUUUAUGAGAAAAAUAUCCUCCAAAUAUUCCCCCAUUCAGUCAUUUCCUUUCUAAUUCUAAUUGGGUUGAUUUUAUUUUUGAGGAGAGUUUUCAAAUGUAUAUAUCAGAAUUAGGUAUUUUCUUCCUUGUAGUUUCUAUCAUUUUAGCCAAGAACUCUUAUUGUGAAAAUUAUAUCUUUUCCAAUUUUUAAUUAAAUAAUAAUUUCUGAGGGCAGAUGGGUAGUGCAGUAAAUAGGGACUUAGAGUCAGGAAGAGUCAUUUUUAUUAACUUUUGAGUUCAAAUGUGGGCUCAGAAGUUUCCUAGCUUUGUGAUCCCGGGCAAGUCAGUUAACCCUGUUUGCCUCACAUUCCUCAUCUGUAAAAUGAGCUGGAGAAGGAAAUGGCAAUCCAGUCUAGUAUCUUUGUCAAGAAAACCCCAAGUAACAUUGUAAAGUUGGACAUAACUGAAAAUCACUCAACCACAACAUCUAAUUUCUGCCAGACUACUUUUUAGUUUUCCCAGCAACUUUUGUCAUCUAGGGAAACAUUUAAUUUAUUAGUUGAUGACCUUCAGUUUUUUAAGCACUAUGAUAUUAUAAUAUUUAAUUGCUUUUAGAUUUUAUAUACCUAAUAUCUUCUAUUGGUCAUUUUAUUUACUUAUAUUAGUAUCAACUAGUAUUGAUGAUUGCUGUUUUAUAGUAUCUGUUCAGGUUUGAUACUGUUGACCAGCUUCCCACAUUAUGCGUUAUUUCCCUUGAAAGCCUUGAUUUUUUGUUCCAUUAGAUGAUUUUGUUUUUCUUUUUUGGUAGUUUUUGUUGAGAUAUUUGUAGUCAUAUUCAUGUAAUUCUUGUGCAUGUUGAUAGGUGGACUCAAGAUAUUUGAAAAUUCCAUAGUUAUUUUAAAUGGAAUCUCUUUUUCUAUCUGUACAAGGUUUUAUUAGUAGUCUGUCAGAGUGCAGAUGAUUUGUGGAUUUACUUUAUGUCCUGUUCUUUUACUGGAUUGUUUUAUUUAUUAAUUUUUAGUUGAACUUCUAAGGGUUCUCUAAAUAAACCACCAUAUCAUCUUCAAAUAACAAUUUUUUAUCCUCUUUUUUUUGUGCUUCUUCCCUCAAUUUCUUUAAUUUUGUCUUAAUGUAAUCACUCACACCCCUAGAACUAUACCAAAUUAUAGUGGUAACAAUGGACAUCCUUGUUUUAUCCUCUAGGAGGCUUCUAACAUUUUUUCAUUAUUAUGCUAAUUCUUGGUUUUAAAUAUUUGGCAAAUUUAAAGAAAGGUUCAUCUCUUUUUAAUGUUUUUUUUUUUUUAAAGGGGUAUUGUAUUUUGUUAAAAUUUUUUCUAUAUCUAUUGAUUUAAUAGUGACAAAUUAUUUUUGUUGUUAAUAUGAUCUGUUCAUAAUUUUUCUAAUAUUGAGCCAAACCUACAUUCCUGGCAUAAAUCCAACUUGAUCACAAUAUAUAUUCUUUUAAAAUGUAUUACUAUAGUCUAUUUGCUAAUAUUUUAUUGUACAUUAUUUGUAUUGAAAUUCACUAGAGACUUUGGCUUGUAGUUUUCUAUUAUUAGCUUUAACUUUCCCUGGUUUAGGUGUCAAUGAAUAUUUGUUACAUAGAAGGAGUUUAUUAGGAUCCCUUCUUAAGUUUUACAGGCAACUUUUGUAAUAACUGUCUUUUGAAUCCUGACGUUUUUUAUUAUAGGAGUUUAUGUCUUACUCAAAUUUACUGAUUAGACUACUUAAGUUUCCCAUUUAUUUUUCUGUUAACCUGUUUCAUAUUUUUAUGCACAAUUAAUUGUUUCACUUGUCAAAUUUUUUUUUACUUAUAACUGAGCAAAGUAGUUUCUGAUAGUUUGUUUUAAUACUCUUUCACUGGUCAUAAAUUCUUUUGUUUCACUUUUUUUGACAAUUUGAUUUUCCUUUUAAACAAUUGAAUUAGAUGAUGUUUGGUGUAUCUUAUUAGUUAAAACAUAAACCUAGCUCCUAGUUCUUUUUCUAAAGGAUGCUCUUGAGAUCAUAAGACAUUGUGCCACAGUGGGCACAAAUACCUUUUAUCCCCAGGCUAUGAUGCAGACUUCUCAAGAUCUGAACAUGGGAAGACAGGGUCCCUUUUGGCAAGGGACUUCCAGAGGGACUCGUCAGUGGGUAAAGUAGGGCAUUUGAAAGCUCAAUGUUAGCAUAAAGACUGAGUGAGAAAACAGUGGGAGAACAAGACCCAAAACCCUAUGUUCAAAAUGCAACAGAGGCUUCCAUUGGGCAUCAGAAUUUAGAUUGACUCAGGGAAAUGGGAAGCAAGGCUUGGCUCCAAGGUUGCAGGCAAAAAACACUUGGAGCAUGAUGGCAGCCAAUGUUAUACCCAGAGAGUCCUUAGAAGUUCAGUACUCAAACAUGACCAAUCAGCCAAGAAGCAAUCUGAUGGGGGAAAGGGAUUACAGUUGGGGAGAAUAGAGUUGUAUGCAGCUGGGAUUACUGAGAUAUCCCCUGGAGAGGUGAAAUCUGUCCCUGUCUGACCUAUAGAUCAUUUACCUCCAGGCAUAGUAAGCUUGACCAUUUCAUCUCCUGAGAAUGCUUACAAAACAGUGUCCAUUCAUAUACUGAUUUGGGAAACUAGGGAAUGUGUAGAUUGUGAUGACCGCGUAUUUAAUCAGCCAGAGUCAGGAAUUGAGGUUAAGGGGAAAAUCUUCAAUCUUUAUUCUCAGUAGAGGUGAGGGGGGGAUUGUGAUAGCAAUAUGGGCAAGAAGGAUUGCGAUAGCAAUAUGAACAGGAAGGAUUAUAAUAGCAAUAUGGGCAGCUGCGACAGUAAGCCAGCUAGCAGAGGGAGAUUGGAGCUGAAGGGCCAUCGCAAUGCCAACAUGAGCAGCUGUGUCAAGACACCAGCCAGCAGUCUCUCCUUCUGCUUCCCUUUCCUCUCCCUUGCCAACACCCACCAAAAAACGUCAUUUCCUAUACAACACCUCAGGACUUGCACAAAGAGUGGGCGGGGGCCAUUCUUUCUCCAAGCAUACAUAAAUAGAGUAUGGUCCAAUUAUUAUUUAGCCUCAUGUGCUUGGGACCUCAGUACAUCAACUCAAGCCUCAGCCCAUUACAGUAGAUAAUGUACUAAUCAUUAAUACAGGUGUGACUUAUCACCCAGGAAAAGUAGUAGCAUCAGGUUCACUGAUACAGAUGCCUAAUAAGCAAUCUGGUGAUAGUUUCCCAGAUUAGAGGUGUCAAUUGGUCCAGUUAUUGGCCAAAGAUUGAGGCAGACACCUACAUGUCUGACAUGGGAGGAUCAAUAGCAGCUGAAAUUAGUGCUACCCCUUUGAGAUGGACAUUUGAAGGUGAAAUAGUUUUCACUCCUUUUAUAGUUGAAAAAAUGCCCAUUAAUCUAUGGGAAAGAGACAUUUUACAACAGUUAGGAUUACCAUUGAGUACUUUGGCCAAGCCAAUCUGGAAAAUGGAGGAUGUUGACUGAUUUAAGAAAAGUAAGUGAACAGAUGGAAACUAUGGGAACUCUUCAGCUGGACUUCUGUCUCCUACUCAAUUGCCUAGAUAAUGGCCUCUUUGGGUUAUAGACUUUAAGAAUUGUUUCUAUUCUAUCCCUCUGGAUAAGGAGGAUAUGAAAAGAUAUGCCUUUUCAGUGCCCAGCAUUAACUUAACUGAACCUUAUAAAAGAUAUGAAUGGACAGUUUUGCCACAGCGAAUGAAAAAUAGCCAUACUGUGUGCCAAAUGUAUAUGGCUACUGCUCUUACUCCAGUAAGAAAAGCAUUUCAAAAAGUUAUGUUGUUACAUUACAUGGAUGAUAUUUUAGGGUGUGUACCUAAGGAGCAAAUGUUAGAAGUAUGUCUAUAAAAGACCAUAAGAACACUAAGGAACCACAAAUUGCAUAUAGCUCCAGAAAAAAUUCGAAGACAUGCUCCUUUUCAAUAUUUAGGAUAUGAAGUAUAUCCUAAGGUGCUUACAGUACAAAAGCUUUCUUUAAGAACAAAAAAGUUUUGGUUUUUUUUAAAUAACUUUUUAUUAACAGAACCCAUGCCAGGGUAAUUUUUUGCAACAUUAUCCCUUGCACUCACUUCUUGCACUCACUUCUGUUCCAAUCCCCCCCCCCUCCACCCCCUCCUCCAGAUGGCAAGCAGUCCUAUACAUGUUAAAUAGGUUACAGUAUAUCCUAGAUACAAUAUAUGUGUGCAGAACCGAACAGUUCUCUUGUUGCACAGGGAGAAUUGGAUUCAGAAGAUAUAAAUAACCCGGGAAGAAAAACAAAAAUGCAAGAGUUUAUAUUCAUUUCCCAGUGUCCUUUCUUUAGGUGUAGCUCCUUCUGUCCAUCCUUGAUCAAUUGAAACUGAGUUAGAUCUCUUUAUCGAAGAAAUCCACUUCCAUCAGAAUACAUCCUCAUACAGAAUCGUUGUUGAGGUAUAUAAUGAUCUCCUGGUUCUGCUCCUUUCACUUAGCAUCAGUUCACGUAAGUCUCGCCAGUCCUUUCUGUAUUUAUCUUGCUGGUCAUUUCUUACAGAACAAUAAUAUUCCAUAACAUUCAUAUACCACAAUUUACUCAACCAUUCUCCACUUAGAUAUCCAAUGGAUGUGUCCAGUGUUAGGCUUGACUACCUAUCGAUUACAACCAUUAUAUGACAUUUUAAGGGGAGACAGUGGUUUAAAUUCAUCAUGCCAGCUUACAAAAGAAGCUCAAAGGGUUCUGAGAAAAAUUGAACUGGCUUUAUCCAAUAUGGUUGAAAGAGCUACUCAAAAACCUUUGGAAAUAUAAGUUUUUGCUACAAAAGAGGCACCCACAGCAGUCCUUCAUCAAGGACGCAGUAUGAUAGAGUGGGAUAAGACCUGACAAAAUAUAUACCUUUAUACCAAUGGACAUAUUAAUGUAUACUGUGAAACCAUCCUGGAGUGGAAAAUUUUAUUGGCCACAGCUCCAAAUUUUACACAUGGGUCUUCAUUAAAGAUAACCUGACUAUUACAUAAUUGGCAAUGGAUUCUUGAAGAAAAGGUUUCUAGGGUUCCUCUUAAAGGACCAACUAUCUUUACAGAUGCAUCCAAACAUAACAUUUGUCCUGUAUACUCAUGACUUAACUAUAAAGGGAAUAGUCAGAACUCUUUUUCAGUCCAUUCAACAGAAUGAUUUGUAUGCAAUCAUUCUAGCUCUUACCUACUAUCCAGGAGAUAUAAAUAUAAUAUCUGAUUUGACCUAUUCAGUUGUUAUAGUACAAAGAAUUGCUGCAACCCAAAUAAAAUUUGUAGCUUUUUAAAGGAAUUUCAAGAGCAAGUGAGAAAGUAUCCAGGUAAGAUUUAUAUCUUGCAUGUCCACUCUCAUGAUGGACUUCCAAGUCCUAUUUUUUAAAUGAAAAUUCAAAAGCAGAUAGCCUUCUAUCCAUGUUAGCCAAUCUUCCUUUAUUUCAGGCAGUACAAGAAUCUCAUUCUAAAUAUCAUUAGGCUGCUCAAACUUUAUGUUUGCAAUUUGGGAUAACAAAAGAGGAAGCUAGGAGCAUAGUAAAAGCCUGUACAGCUUGCCUUCCUUUCCAUGCUCCUACACUCCCUCCAGGGAAGAACCCUCAUAGUUUGAGACCCAGUGAAAUUUGGCAAAUGUAUGUGACCCAUUAAAAAUUUUUUUGGUCAUCUGUCUUUUAUCCAUGUUGUAGUAGACACCUUUUCAGGAUUUACUUUUGCAACACCAGCAACAAAAGAGACAACCUGAGUGGUCACUGAAUUUCUUAUGCAAGCUUUUACAAUUAUGGGGGUGCCACAAGCAAUAAAAACAGCUAAUAGACCUGCAUAUACUUCUAAACAUUUUGCACACUUUUAUGCACAAUGUCAGAUUUUAUACAUUGUAGUGUUCUCCUUUUCUAAAAUAUAAUCGUUCUCUGGGAUCAGAUUUCUCAGGGGGCUUCUGGAGGUAGCUUUCAUUUAAGUUCAAAAUAAUAAUCACCUCAAGUGCAGCCAAGAGUUAAAAGUUCAAUCCUUUAUUGUCUCCUUCAAAAUAGCCCAGUUAGCUUUCUUAGAGGACUAUCUUUCUCCUUGGUUCCAAGAGCUGUUGCCACUAGUCUUUUGCCUCUUCCAGCUUCAGCCUCUCCUGAAUCUCCACUCCUGCCUGACUGCAGUCUCUGGCUUCUCAAUCUCCUCCACUGACUCCUCGCUGAGGCUUCAAGAGCUUCUUAUAUAUGAUCUCUUAAAGGUGUGAACUCAAAGGUUGACUCCUUUGAGAGAGUGGGAUUGUGGGUUCCUGACUUGUGAAUCUCGAAUGCUAAUGUGUGAACUAAUGUGUGAACUCUUAAAGGUGUGAACUUAAGUACAUAAGCAUUGUUUCUAUCAAUUCCAGUGAGUUAGCACCUUGUUUCAAAUUCUGGCCCAUAACAAUACACCACUGGCAUAUCUUUUAAUCCUCAAGGACAGGCAAUAGUAGAGAGAAGAAACAGAGACAUCAAGACCCUUCUCCAAAGACAAAAGAAAGAGGGAGCCACAGGUAACCUUAGAGAACUUAUAAAUUUAGCUCUUUAUACAAUUAAUUUUUUGAUUUUUGAUAAAGAUGCACUAGUUCUGGCAGACAGGUUUUAUAACCUGCUGGAAGGGCAGUGUCUAGUGCAAGCAGCUCCACUAUCUUUAGAUAAUCUCCAGGUGAUGUAGAGAGAUCCAGAAAGUGGUGAAUAGAAGAGACCAGAUAGGUUAAAUGCUUGAGGGAGAGGGUUUGCUUGUAUCUCUACAGAUGGAGAAGGAAUCAGAUGGGUGCCAACAGGCUGUAUUUGCCUUGUCCAUCGGAGAGACAUGGAAAAGAUUCUUGAAACAAAGGAAAAGACCCAAGAAACACCAGAUGGUUCAAUCUCUGACAAUGUGUGCCACUAAAAGAACCUGGCAGUUAACCCUAUGUGUAUGGCAAUUGACUCAUGAACAUCAAAAAUUGUUAAUGAGACUUUAAAACCCACAGGAAUCAUUGGUUUCCCUGAGACAUGAUAAGACUAUUGCAGGACUUCAAAACUUGCAGGAAUCAUUAGAGUCCCUGACACAUCAAGUAAUGGAUAGUAGAUUGGUUUUGGACUAUCUUGGCUGCUGAAGCAGGUGUAUGUGUGAUUGUUAUUUAUAUACCCUCCUUCUAGGACUUAUGGACAUGUAUAUUCAUAGUGUUUGUUAUAUCACUAUGCUGAUUCAUGUUGUUUGUUACAUCACUACUAGCCCUACUAGCAUAGUAGGGAUAUACAUACAUACAUCUUACUAUGUGCUUGUAUAAUACCUCCCAUGCUGAUGGAUUUAUGUAUACCUGUUUCAAUUUCAGCCCAGAGAAAACCUGCUAACAAUAUCUGGUUUGACUCCCCAUUUCCCUUUAGUGUUUUCAUCUCCUUUCCUGAGAAGUCAGGGAGGGCGUGACCCUUUGCGUUCUAAAACAAAAGAAAACAGGAGAUGUAGAUGGUUAGAACUCUGAAAAGGUGUACUUAAGAUACUGAUAGCAGGUUGCUUAUAGUUAAGCACCUACUCAGUGUGGUUGAUGAGAUUAAUGAUUCUCUAGUUAAGCACAUAAUGUGAUGUAAUGAUGUAAUCACUCUAGUUAAGCACAUACUUAGUGUGAUAUGGUGAUGGAAUGGCUCUCCUAACAGUUGGUACAUGCUCAGUAAUCAUACUGAAGUAUUUAAGGGCUGGGAAAUACAGACAAGGCCUCAGACACAGAGGAGACACAGAAGAGUCUCAGACACAAACACAGAGAAGAUUCGGGAUUCCAUCUUUGACCAGUCUCAUGAUGGCUCUCCUAACCUUCAUCACUUCUCCCUAAAGACCAAGGCCCAUCCUGAGACCCUCCAGAAAGCUAGUCUGGACAUUACAUGUGGUUUUUAUAAUUUUAAUUUAUUUUAAAAUUUUAUCUUGUAAUGUUUAUUUUUUGUUACUCUGAACUUGAAAAAUAUUAUUAAACAUGAUUCAUACAUUUUUAAAAGUACAGAAAUAAAAGACUGUGUCUGUGAACUUCUUUUGUAUAGAGCUUAGAUUUAAAAAAAAAAAAAAUACCAUAAAUUUAAUGUGUUAAUUUCAAAGCUGUCCUUGUCUUUGUGUCUCUCUGAUUUUUUUUUUUUUAGUUGCCCAAUUAAUUGAUCCAUCACUUGUUUAUGAAAAUGUUUCAAGAUUUAAAAUAUCAGUUAAGGACUGCUUUGGCAGGAUCCCAAAAA